AUGACGACGGAGUCAAAAAAUAAUGGGGUGCAGAAUUCAAUGCACCAGAGGAGUAGGAGGCGGAUAACGUAUGGAUCUAUCAAAAGCGUCAGCAGCUACGUGUUGCCUCUUGGUGUUAUGAGAUCUGAUGAAGAAAUGACAGGUCAGCCACUCAUACUUGGAAUUCCAUUUAGAUGGUACUAUCUGGUAACCGACAACAACUGCGGCUGCGGCGGAAGUGACGGCGGCAAGUCAGCUAAGCACAAGACGUUUUUUCACCAUCAUGUUCAUCUUACAUAUACGGAUUCUGACAAGAAGGUCGAUUCCUCGACGGUCAUCCAUCCAGACUCGGUGACCCGUCCCGACGGUAUCAUUCACAGGAUCGAACGGCUAUUAAUCCCCCAAUCCGUUCAAGACGAUUUCAACCGUAGGAGAAAUCUCCAACAGACUUCUGCGGUGAAGCCAGAAGGAGCACCGGCUGUCGACCCCAGAACCCACCGGCUCAAGAAACUAGCACCACCGACGCCUUCAGGUUCACCGCCUGUGUUGCCGAUCUAUGAUGCAAUGGCUCCAGGGCCGUCACUAGCUCCGGCAGCAGCACCAGGCCCCGACGGUCCUCACCUCAAGUUCGACGGAGAAUCCCAAGUUGAGGACUUCAUCCACACUCUCCUGCAUUACGGUAGAUACAACGAGCUCGCCGACAUUUUGGCCAACCUCACGUCCUUAGCAUCAGAAAUGGGGAAAUUAGUGUCUACAGGUUACGUCUUAACAGUAUUGGCUCCGAAUGACGAUGCCAUGGCGAAGCUGAUGACGGACCAGCUGAGCGAACCUGGUGCUCUAGAACAGAUCAUCUACUACCAUCUCAUUCCAGAGUAUCAGACGGAAGAGAGUAUGUACAAUGUGGUGAGGAGGUUCGGUAAGAUCAAGUACGAUACUUUACGAGUACCCCACAAGGUUGUGGCAAAGGAAGCAGAUGGGUCUGUAAAAUUUGGACAGGGAGAUGAAUCGGCUUAUCUGUUCAAUCCCGACAUCUACAUCGACGGUCGAAUUUCUAUAGAGGGCAUCGAUGGCGUAUUGUUCCCUAUUGAGGAGAAGACGAAAUCGGUACAACACAGUUCUACCACCACCACCACCACCACCAAGGCUAUUGUGAAGCCCAAGAGAGGUGGGUCUUAG